AUGGAUUCCAAUUCCCACAUCAUUGCCUGGGGCUCAGGUGAAGAUGGCCAAUUAGGUAUCGGCACCAACGAAGAUAAGGAGUGGGUUUGUGCCGUCAAAGCUCUCCCUUCUCAACGUCUCCGCUCUGUUGUCGCCGGUAGCAGAAACUCACUCGCCAUUUCUCAUGAUGGCAAGUUGUUUACAUGGGGUUGGAAUCAAAGAGGGACGCUUGGACACCCGGCGGAGACCAAAACUGAAAACAUUCCCAGCCAAGUCAAAGCACUCUCGCAUGUUCAUAUUGUUCAGGCGGCUAUUGGUGGCUGGCACUGUUUGGCUGUUGACGAUCACGGAAGAGCUUAUGCUUGGGGUGGAAAUGAAUAUGGACAAUGUGGUGAAGAACCUGAGCGCAAGGAUGACAAUGGUAGACCUUUGAGGAGAGAUAUAGUGAUCCCUCAACCUUGUGCUCCCAAGCUUGUUGUUCGACAGGUUGCUGCUGGAGGUACUCAUUCGGUGGUACUUACGCGUGAAGGACAUGUUUGGACAUGGGGUCAGCCGUGGCCUCCUGGUGAUAUCAAACAGAUUUCAGUCCCGGUUCGGGUGCAAGGUCUUGAGAAUAUAAGACUUAUAGCAGCAGGCGCAUUUCAUAAUUUGGCUCUCCAAGAGGAUGGAACUUUGUGGGCAUGGGGUAAUAAUGAAUAUGGACAACUUGGAACUGGAGAUACACAACCAAGAUCACAACCUAUUCCCGUGCAAGGCCUUGCUGGUCUUAAUUUGGUAGGUAUUGCAGCUGGUGGAUGGCACUCUACUGCAUUAACAGAUGAAGGAGAGGUAUAUGGCUGGGGAAGGGGAGAACAUGGCAGACUUGGAUUUGGUGAUAGUGAUAAGAGCAGUAAAAUGUUGCCUCAGAAGGUUCAACUUUUAGCCGGUCAAGAUAUUGUUCAGGUGUCUUGUGGAGGUACUCAUUCAGUUGCAUUAUCCCGAGACGGACGCAUAUUUUCUUUUGGUAGAGGUGAUCAUGGACGUCUUGGAUAUGGAAGGAAAGUCACUACUGGUCAACCAGUGGAGGUGCCUAUAGACAUUCCUCCUCCACAGAAUCUCAGUGACGGUGAAGCCGAGGGAACUUGGAUAGCCAAAAUCGUCGCUUGUGGCGGCCGCCAUACUUUGGCAAUAGUAGAAUGGAAAGAAGAUGAAUCUAAAGAUUGA